AUGUCCUGGAAGCUCACCAAAAAACUGAAGGAGACGCAUUUAGCGCCCCUGACUCAAACAUUUGGCCGCUCGUCUUCCACCUCAACGAUCAAGGGUGAUUCGAAUGGCAAUGGUGGUGACGAGACCCCCGUGGUCUCGCAGGCCCCCAGCAUUGCCGCGACUUCCUCCGCGAAUGGAAUCGCUGCGUCCGAGUCCCUUGUCUCUCCCCCUGUGGCGCCCGUGAAUCCAGGCAUCCUCAUUGUCACCCUUCACGAAGGUCGAGGAUUUUCGUUGUCUCCUCAUUUCCAGCAGAUCUUCAAUUCCCAUUUCCAAAACAACUCCUACGCUCCGUCCUCUUUGCGUCCCAGCACUUCUUCUUCAUCACACUCUGCUCAUGGUCAGGCGGGUUCCUUCGUGCAGUCCAACCGACCGCAGUCCACCAGCGGUGGCAUGAAUGCGGCGCCCACUAUUCACGGCCGCUAUUCGACCAAAUACCUUCCUUAUGCCCUUCUUGAUUUCGAGAAGAACCAGGUGUUUGUUGACGCCGUGUCGGGAACCCCUGAAAAUCCGCUGUGGGCCGGUGACAGCACAGCGUUCAAGUUCGAUGUGUCCCGGAAAACUGAAUUGAAUGUGCAGUUGUACUUGCGUAACCCCGCAGCCCGGCAAGGUGUCGGUCGUAGCGAAGAUAUUUUCUUGGGCGCCGUGAAGAUUCACCCGCGCUUUGAGGAAGCCAGUCAGCGACAAGCAUAUGUGGAAGACCCGAAGCUGAGCAAGAAGGACAACCAGAAGGCGGCCGCCGCUCAUGCAGAGCAAGAGCGUACCAUGGGCCAACUCGGCGCUGAAUGGCUGGACCUUCAAUUCGGUAACGGCUCGGUCAAGAUUGGUGUCUCCUUCGUCGAGAAUAGACAGCGCAGUCUGAAGAUGGAGGACUUUGACUUGUUGAAGGUUGUGGGCAAGGGAAGUUUCGGCAAGGUCAUGCAGGUCGUGAAGAAAGAUACUGGCCGAAUCUACGCCCUUAAGACUAUUCGCAAGGCUCACAUUAUUUCCCGGUCUGAAGUGACGCACACUCUCGCAGAGCGAUCUGUGCUCGCCCAGAUCAACAACCCCUUCAUUGUCCCCUUGAAGUUCUCAUUCCAGUCACCUGAAAAAUUGUAUCUGGUUCUAGCAUUUGUCAACGGUGGAGAAUUGUUCCACCACCUGCAACGAGAGCAGCGAUUUGACAUCAAUCGUGCCCGUUUCUACACUGCAGAGCUGCUGUGCGCGCUCGAAUGUUUGCAUGGCUUCAAGGUCAUUUACAGAGAUCUGAAGCCCGAAAACAUUCUUCUUGAUUAUACUGGUCACAUUGCUCUUUGCGACUUCGGUCUUUGCAAGCUAGACAUGAAGGAUGAGGACCGAACAAAUACUUUCUGUGGCACACCUGAGUACCUGGCCCCUGAAUUGCUGCUUGGUAAUGGGUACACAAAGACCGUGGACUGGUGGACACUGGGUGUCUUGCUCUACGAAAUGUUGACUGGCUUACCACCAUUUUACGACGAGAACACAAAUGAGAUGUAUCGCAAGAUUCUGCAGGAGCCUUUGACGUUCCCCAGCAGUGACAUUGUGCCUCCGGCUGCUCGGGAUCUUCUCACACGUCUGCUUGACCGCGACCCUCAGCGUCGUCUCGGUGCCAACGGUGCCGCGGAGAUCAAGUCUCACCACUUCUUCGCGAACAUCGAUUGGCGUAAGCUCCUCCAGCGGAAGUAUGAGCCCAGCUUCCGUCCCAACGUGCUUGAUGCCCGUGACACAGAUAACUUUGACCAGGAGUUCACUCGUGAGGCGCCGCAGGAUUCUUACGUUGAUGGUCCCGCUCUGUCCUCAACUAUGCAGCAGCAGUUCGCUGGCUGGUCAUAUAACCGCCCGGUGGCUGGCCUGGGCGAUGCUGGCGGCAGUGUCAAGGACCCUUCCUUUGGCAGCAUUCCGGAGUAA